GAGGUGGGGUAGGGAGAGCGGGGGAGUCGCAGUGUUUAUUAUGAUGCUGCCAUUGGCUUCAGUAUCAACACCAGGUAAGAUGGCGGCCAGUAUUAUGGCGAGUUUACAGGGUUGCCAUGUGGUGCGGGCCGGUGAUUGCGAGCCACGGAGCUCGCGGCUGCCAGUUGAGGACACGCCUCCGACCGCAGCGAGUGCGGGGUGGUUAGCUACCCGAUCGAAGCGCUUGAUCCCAACAAAAGUAUAUUUGCUCGUGGCUCCUCCUCGCAUGCGACCAGUGGUAUCAUUCCUCGACACCCCGCCUGUCACACAGUUUGUCUCCGUGUCAUCCUCGCCGCUUGCAUCGAUGCUUGCCGAUGUCCCCGUGCAAAAGAACUCAAGCAAUUCCUCGGUGGUAAGCCAGGUUGAACCAUGUCCCCUCAGCGGUCGUUCCUGAUCUGAAAACAAACUUUUGUUUGCGGAAAAAUUGUGACUACUGAAGCGCCUUACAGGGAGAUUAGUCAACUGAAUCAUCGCCUUAGAUGACCACCACGAUGAAGGUCCCAAUUGUGAUUCACACUGUAGCUCCAUCUGCAAGGACAAGCAGAUUUGUAUCAGCACCAGCUGCAGUCACAAAGACAAAACACCUGGCGAGCCGCCUCCAACAGAACUGGAUGGCUCGACAUCCCAAUGACACCUGCAGCAACGGGUGGGUGUCUCUGGAUGACAGCCUGACAAGCCUCAGCUGGCUGCAAAACCUAAACAUCUUGAAGAUCUCGACGCCCACUUCAUCCUCCGGUCCCAGUGCAGCCGUGCAGCAUGAUCACAAGUCUAGCAAAAGCAGGACACCGUCUCCUGUCAUGCACAUACAGGUGGGGAUGGCCAAUAUGGUUCCCAUCAAUCCUAAGUUUGAGUCCCGACUCCCACUGGCAGACACCCCUCCUAUGUACAGCACAUCCACCACAGGGCUAGAGGACUACAGAACAAACCCUUACAUUAAACCACCCUUUUCAUAUGCUACUCUCAUCUGCAUGGCAAUGAAGGAAACAAAGAAGCAAAAGAUCACUCUCUCGUCUAUAUACAACUGGAUCACAGAAAACUUCAUAUACUACCGCAUGGCAGAUCCCAGUUGGCAGAACUCUAUACGCCACAACCUGUCUCUCAACAAGUGUUUUGAAAAGGUUCCUAGACGAAAAGAUGAACCAGGCAAAGGGGGAUUUUGGCGCAUCAAUCCAGAGUAUAGCGACAUGAUAGAGAAUGGAAUCUUCAAGAAGAGAAGAGGCAGUAGAGACUCCUGCCUUCUGCCCCCAUCCAAACGAGUGCGGAGAGAUGAUGAUGAACUUCUGGUGGCUGUGAACAGUAUCAAAGGUGUGCGAGAAGACAAACUUCUAAGCAAUGGUUCAACAUUGAACUUCAUUGCACAUGGGGAUGAUGAAGAGGACUCAUUCAUGCUACAGGGUGACUUUAACUGGACAGCCAUUCUCAACCAGGACAUUGACAUUGGGGGUACGCGUGUAAAGACUGAGCACAUCAUUGACGGGGAUGACUCUGGUCCACUGGUGGCCAUGAGCCCACCUUCAUCAGAGACCAACUCGGAUGAUCUGGGACUUGAAGACCUCUUUUCACAGACAGACAUUUCCAUGAAGGUACAUUUGGACUGCACCACUCAAUAUCCCCUCGAUCUGACAAUUACAGGCACAGGAAUUCGACCCCCUCAGUGGUGGGGGGAUAACCUUUUGGGAGGAAUAAAGAUGGAGCCACAAGAUCUGACAGAACACUGCAACGGGCUUCACACACCUGUAGCACCUUCACCAAAUGGUGACAGAGAAGAUUUAUGGGGAAACCCCUCAGACCUGGAUGGCAGCAGUGCUUUUGACCUUGACAAUUUGUUUGACAUUGGAAAUAUACCCAGCCCCCAGAUGCUGUAACACAACUGAGUUGUUAGAUAUUCAUGUGUCCAGUCAGUAUCCACCUAGAAAAAGCAAUAUUGAUUUGUCAGAUAUUUAUGUGCAAGGUUCAUUCAGGUUCUGGUUCAACGUUUUAGCAACAUUUCAAAUGAGCAGCAUUCUGAUUCCAGUCUAAGUAACAACAAAAGGUUUUAUAAGAAAUUGCAAUUCUAGCCAUGUUGCAGUUUUAUUGAGGUAUUCAACUCAGGUAAAUAUAUGUCUUUAAAAAACCAUUCCUGUGGGAAAUAAGGCAGUUUUUUUCCAGGUCAGCAGAUGGUGAAGAGAAACAGGCAUCAGCCCACCUGAUAUUACAUCUGCUAUAAAGAAAAUGGGUUUUCAAGAUAAAAAAACUUUGAUCUAUAUCAGUUUACAAUAUGUGUACACCAUAACCUUUGUAAAAGCAUAUGCCUUUAGUUUGUGUAUGUUUAAACCUGAAAAAUAGAACUGUUGGCUGAUCAAGUAAUUCUGAAUCCAAACUCUUUCAUGACAUGUCCUUGGUAUAAGGCUUGCUGAUUUGUUUUUAUCCUAACCCCAUUCUUUUCUUUGUAUGUGAUGAUGUUAAAAGUAUGAUGUGUAAGUAGCAGAAGUAACUUAUUUUUGUGUGGCCAGUAUCAUUUUGUCUACUUUUUAUUUUUAUCAGAAGAAUAAGAGAGAGCUUAUGCCAUGUACAUAAUGAUUAGACUUUGAAAAUUGUUAUCCUCAUGCUUCUGACAGGAAACAAAUUAUUACAAGAUGAAAAGGGUAUGUACAGCUGAGGCCGAUUCAAACACUUCAUUUUUAUACUGAAGAACAGAAUCAUCUCAAAUAGAUAAACUGAAUUUUUUAAAUAUUCUUUUUGUGGUACACAAAAUGUCUUUUCUGUUCAAUUUCAGUUUUAGGAGCUUUAUUUUAGAUGUUGUACUGAUUCAAAAGAUCAAUACUGAACUUAAGGUUUUUAACCCCCUUCUGUGAAAUAGGCUUCUAGAAAGUUUUUUUUUAAAAUAGAAAUUUAAGACUAAUGUACAUCUUAUUCAUUUUAUAUCAUAAGAGGAUCUGUUUUAGACUCAUCAUACCAUACAGCAUUUUGGAACUAUGACAAUGGAGAAACCAAGGAGUCAUAAGCUAAUGUCUUAAUAUAACCUGCUCUUGCCUUUAUUUCGAAUGUCUUUCACGCACAAGCACACUCAUACUAAUAUGUAAAGAACAGUGCAGAAAUAACCAAGGAGCAUGCAGUGUGUGGUUUGCAUAAAUGACCUGCUGUCAGCCACUGCACCAAUACCUGAUUUGAUAGCCGAUGGCAUCUGCACGAAGGGAGGGAAUAGCAUGUAAGCAAAGAACCUAAACCUAACAAGAAAAGUAAUUUGUUUGAAUGCAAAUUAAUGCACACAAGUUAGAAUGCAGUAUAAUGCUUUUAAAUAGGGAAAAAAGGAUGUGUUGUUACAGUCAGAGUUGAACAUACAUGGUAGACUUUUUAUACUCCGUUCCAUUAAGACACUUUUGAAUUGAGCAGCUUGUUGUUUGAUGUGUGUUCAUAUUUUCAAUUGACAGAGACCUUUAACAGUAUUUGCAGUACCAUUAACUGGCAUAUUUAUCUGUGAUAGUUAUUCCGUCCUACCAUAUGAAAUCACUUGAUAAAUAAUUUUUUACACAUGGUGAAGUUAAUCUGCUGCACUUUUCUUAAAACGGAAAACCAUUUUGAAGUGUUUUGUUGCUCAUGUGUGCUGUUCCUCAAUAUUUAGCAGUAUUACAAGCUAAAAAGGCCUUAAUAUUUCUGUGGCAGUGAGUACCUGACACAUCCAAUAUCCUGUUACUAUAUUGAAAUCAGCAGGUGUGACUGCUGGUAAAUAUUAUUUCUCCCUCCAGAUAAUUUGCCCUAUUAAUUUUUUAACAUCAGGGUAUUUGUUCUUAUCCUGCUCCAGAAUUACUGCAGUAUUCAUUAGUGAAGGAACAUUACAGGUAUGCUGAAUGAUGAACUGCAGGUGGUGAUUACCCUAGGAUCUGCAGCAACCAGAAGGAGAAAUAAGGAUAUUUUUAACAAAUUUCACCUGAGUUGCCUCAAAUGGAUAAUAGAUUCUUUACAGAGAGAAAGGAUGGCAAAUUCAGCUGUUUGCAGGUUUUAGGUUCUAGCCAUUUCCUAUUCUCAAAGAUAAGACUUUACAAAUCUAUUUAACAUCAAUCUCUGAUUAAAAGUCAUGUGUAUCUGUCUCCAUUUCAGUCAUUCUGGUUAAAUUGUCUUUUGUGACUCUCAAAACAGAACUUGAUAUGGGCUAAGAGUCAGAAAAGAACAUACCAUUAUGCCUACCAAAAAAAAAAAAAAAAAAAAAAGCCAUGUUGAUGUUCUUGAACAUAUGCCUUUUAUGGAAAGUAAUAUUUCUUGCAAGUUUACCACUUACACUAUUUUUUUUUAUUUUUUUUUUUGGUCAUGGCAUUUUAAUGUCAUCUGACCAUAAACUAGAACAUCCAUUACCAUGCUCUCAAAAUGACACGUCAUUUCAGUUUUACUUGUUAAAGUUUGCGGUUGUGUGGACUGUGAUAAUUCCAAUACUUGACCAGUAUUAAAGAUCAUUCUUUGCUUUCUUUA